UCUCCGUUGGUGGUUGCCAGACAAAGGUGCGAUUUCUCGGGGUCGUUGAUUGCCGUAUAGGAAGCGUGUAGAUCACUGUGGAGUACCUUUGGUAUUCCUCGGCGGCCAUAGGCAUAGACCCUACCGUUGCCGGAACUGCGAAAGUGCGUGUCGGUGAAAUCAAAGGAAAAAAUCGUGUGUAGUGGAUUUUUCCUCAAAUGGUUUGAAACUGUCUUUUAUGGGAUAGAAAUCGAUUAAAUUUGGCUGUUUCCGCCACUUGUGAAAUUGAUUAUUACUGGAGUGAAACGAGUCGAAAAGGGUCCAGGACGGAUCCAGAAUCUUGAACCGCCUGGAGUGAAACCACUCUGCUCCGGAAGAGUUCUAGGUCCCCUAUUUGGUGGGAGUAGUUGAAGCUCGUUGGUGAAGAGGAGUGAGUUUUAUUUUCCGUCGUGGGAAAAGAAGCAUCAUCGGGAAAGCGCAUUAGGCCCUGCGGGCGUUUUCAAACAAGUGUGUUUGCCAAGUUUUCCUCGUCGUCGGCGUCGUUGCCGUUCGGCUAUCCGGGUUGCCGCUACUGCGAUUGAAACGGGGAACGUUCGUGAGGUCAACCUGCCGCCAGCGUCGUGAGCCGUUUGCUUCGUACCGUAGCACGACUGUCUACAGUUUACGGUAGGUUUUGAAUGGAAAAUUAUUGAUUGCACUUCAAGAAGAGCGAGAGCAGCAAAUCAAAAGCAACAACAGUAGGGCAAUUGUUGUCGGUCGGUUCAAAAUGUGUUUGGAUCAGAUUCAGAAAAGGCAAAGAAAAGUGGAGCAAAUAUUAUCCCGGAGUGCUUUUCGGUCAUUCCUCGAACCACAGUGUUCUGUUAAAUCGGCAAGCCAUAUCUAAGAAACGAAACAUCCUUCAACUUAAUUGGAUUGCCGUUUUUUUGUGGGAACGUGCGUGUUUUGUGAUGAUUCGUGGUAACAAAUUUUCGCUAAGUGAAUACAAUCAGCAAAAGUCAAACGUGCGAUUCGUUCAGAAAACGGGAAAAUUAAUGAUAAGUGUUCCUGGAAAAUUAAAUUUCAACUGAGAAGAUACGUUCACCUGUGCGUGAAUUGAAUGUUUUUUGCUUCUGGCUGAAAAAUCAAGCGGCAUCAAAGAGUGUUAUGUAAUUUUAAUUGGAGUUGUGGCCCUAUACGGAAUGCUCGGUGGUCUUUGAAUGGUUUCCCUUAGAAUGGAUUGAAAGCGGAUCGAGUUUUUCGAGAUAGAAUUGGAGCAGUUGGAAGCCGCUUGGGGGUGGAGAAUCUUCGUAUUAACGAAAACGCGAGUACCCUGAUGUGCGUGGAGUUUCCCAGAAAGAGCUCCAGACCAGUGGACCGACCGACCGACCGGUGUAACCCAGCGGCAGUAAUCAAUCUCCCAGCACCAUCGUUGUCAACCCAUCUCUGUCUGCCCGGGCGGCUGCCGGGGCUGGCCGUGACAGCUUAAAGCUCGGUGGAUUUUCCAUCCGGAAACAAAAGCCAACCCCUGGAAGAAACCAUCGACAUCUUCAUCACCAUCAUCAUCUUCUCCCAGCGUCGCCACCGCAUCGGCCCCGCGUGGCACCUGCGGCUUUUGAGGUUCGAUUCUGUGCCGGUUGGUAAUCAUUUAUAAUAAAAUCGACGACAGCACCGAAGGGACAUAGCUCUUUCUGCUAAAAAUCAGCUCAGGUGUGAGGCACGUCUGGGCCGCAUGUCCGGAGGUAGUACGCUCGCUUUCGGAUCUGCAGCGGUAAUUAAAGGGAAACUCAAGUCGGGACGAUAUCCUGGCGGGGUGGCGUAUUUUAAUUCAAAUUUUAAUAGAGUAAGAAACGUUCGGGUCGAUGUUGCGGCAGAAGAUAGCUAGAGUGACAGCGGUUUGUAUGCGGUAAGAUGCUGUCGGAAAGCAGGGUCCAGUGGUGUGACAUUUUGUUAUUCGAAGAAAAAGCUGGGUUGAAAGAUGUUUAUAGGAGUGGCGUAAUCUUAAUGGAAUAGAUUGCUGGGUUUGUGUAGAUUCUGUUAGAAAGUAGAUUAAAUAUACAACUUGGAUACGUUCGAACGCAUUUGGGAAGGCGGGUAGACGUGGAUAGUUCUUCGGGGAACAUAGUCUGGGUCCUUAUAUGGACGCAUUAGCAUUGUCGAGGCUUGUAAAUGAAUUUGCCAUUGGAAGCCCACCAGAUCCAUACACGCAGCGAUUGCAGGAGCAGCAAAGUUACGAUCCAGUUCCAGACAUUGAAGUGUCGGCUACAUCGGCCGCACCGUUCACCCUGUUGACGUUAAAUCAAACGCUGGGCCACUCCUUAGCGGGCACUGCUAAUGGCUACGGUGGCUCGGAUGAAGGUCUGAUACCUGCGGUGGCGGCAGCUGCGGCCGGAAUAAGUACCAGUACUACAACCGCGGGCUCGAUAAUCGCGUCGACGCUAGCCGGUAAGGCACUUGAUCACGAGCCGGAAAUCGACACGAUCCGUAAGGUGAUCAUAUGCAUUGUUCUACUAGCUGUGAUAUUCGGUACUAUCGUGGGCAAUAUUCUGGUUUGCGUGGCGGUUUGUCUGGUUCGGAAACUUCGCAGGCCAUGCAACUAUCUACUUGUUUCGUUGGCAGUAUCGGAUCUUUGCGUGGCUUGUCUGGUGAUGCCUCCGGCCCUGAUGUACGAAGUCUUGGGCGAGUGGAACUUCGGUAGAGUAUUCUGUGAUAUUUGGGUAUCGUUCGACGUGCUUUCGUGCACGGCUUCGAUCCUGAACCUGUGCGCGAUAUCCGUCGAUCGGUACUGGGCAAUCACUAAGCCCCUGGAGUACGGCGUCAAAAGGACGCCUCGCCGGAUGAUGCUUUGCGUGGCACUCGUCUGGUUGGCAGCUGCCUGCAUAUCGCUGCCACCGCUUCUAAUCCUAGGCAAUAAGCACACAAUCGGAGAGGGAACAGAUCAGCGACCCUUCUGUGCCGUUUGCGAAGACGUAGGUUAUCAAAUUUAUGCCACCCUGGGGUCCUUCUACAUACCUCUGGCGGUGAUGCUGUUUGUAUACUAUCAGAUAUUCCGAGCCGCCCGGCGAAUAGUCAAAGACGAAAAGCGGGCCCAAACAAGACUGGAAAAUUCCCUCGCAGUGGAUAAAAACCAAGCCAUGCUCAAGCCCCCGGAGCCGCUGACCGCGUCCGUUGGGUCGCCCCACCAAAAGAAACUUCGCUUUCAACUAGCCAAAGAACGCAAAGCUUCCACCACGUUGGGCAUCAUCAUGUCCGCCUUCACCAUCUGCUGGUUGCCCUUUUUCAUCCUGGCCCUGGUUCGACCGCUCAUGGACGACGACUACCCGACCCUGUCGUCCUUCUUUCUAUGGCUGGGCUACGCCAACUCUCUCCUGAACCCGAUCAUCUACGCCACCUUGAAUCGGGACUUCCGGAAGCCGUUCCAGGAGAUUUUGUACUUCCGGUGCUCGAACCUGAACAUCCUGAUGCGCGAAGACUUCUACCACAGCCAGUACGGCGAACCUGGCUCGCAGCGCUUCGUGCUGGACAACGAAGGCCAGCACACGGCGCGAGAGAGCUUUCUCUGAAACAUUACCACGCUCGUGGCCAUGCCGGCCUUGACGACGACUACGACGACAAUGAUGACGAUCAAUGGUGACGAUCGACCGGACGAGGAAGUCAAAAUUACAAUCAGUGCACCACCGCCCCUCACGUGACCUGCACCCGAGUUUGCACGAGCGAGUUUCGAGAGCGCGUGAACAGUGUGUGAGCGAGCAGAUUGCAUUGCCAUAAUGUAGCGAUCGCGGUAGUUGCGUUAGUGGAGUAGUGUUUAGACGUCGACGAGCGUGGCUCCCAUUUUGUUCAUACGUGUGUUAAGUUGAUGGACAGUGUAGUGGCCUAAUCAACAACAACAAAAAAUCGGUGGAGUAUUAUUAAUGUAGGAAGUCAGAAGCGAAGCGUGUUCGUACCUAUUCGUGGGGAAAGUUAUUAAAUUAAUAAUUUUCCGACCGUGUUGUAUUACGUGUAAGGAGAUAAAAGAAGAAAAUACGGGUUUGGUGGGUUUGGGGGGAGUCGGUAUUUUUUUGUUCAGUACCGAAACGAAAAAUUCUUGUUUUUCCAAAAGAUCUUUGAAAUAUUGAACUAUGCAGAUUGUUCGUAACUGUAAAACAUCUUUUUGCGCUCAAAAGGAGGGGGGUGGUAUGAACGAAAUUAGAUCGUAAAGAAAGGGAGUUUUGUUUUGAAUUUGAGACGUUGAAAAAAAUCCUAUUUAAAAUCCUAAGCUAAAAAUAGGCUUGCAAUCUAGAUGUUAGAUAAAAAUAGUGUUUAAAUUUAAUUUAAAAAUAUUUGUUUGUAUAAUGAUUGGCCCGUCUCCUUCUUUCAUGGCCACAUUCAUUCGAACCAUUUUUUCAUUUGAACAAUUUGAGUGUAAACAAAAAUAUAAGUGUGUCAAUCCAAGUGUGAAGAGUGUUCUCGCCUGAGUCUCAUAAGGCCGGACGCAAUAUGAUUGCUCUAAGGCGAUCUCAGCAGCGAGAAGUCAGCUGAAUCUUUUGAUUCAGUUUCAUUUUCGAACAAUUUGUAAAUAUUUUUAAAUCUCGCCUGAUCGCAGAUGAUGAAUCCCGCCUACGUGUUUAUUUCAGUGUACGUGUGAUACAAUUGUCAAUCGAUCAAACUUGUUAUAAAUUCGUAAUUUUAGUGCCAUUUGCGAAUUGUCUAAGUUUCGAGAUACACAUUGCCCGAAUUCCGAGACCCAAUAAGUCAUUUUAUGAGACAAUUUCGAUCAGCUGAUCGAGACUUCACCAUAAAUUGAGUGAACGGCUCGGCGUUUUGUUUUGGCAAAUUUGCCCGGCAAUAAUCAUCAUUAU